AGUUUACAAUUAUCUAUAUAAGUCUCCAUAUAAUUUGCAUUCGUGGUCAGUAUUCACUUAGAACUCUGGAGGUCCACAACGCUAGUCAGUAGUCAAGAUGAUGAUUAAAAUAUUUACUUUUCUUGUGGUGGUUGUGUCUGGUAUCCUCUGCAGUGGAUCACAACAAGGAGUAUCUAAUACCCAAACUGGCCAAUCGUUACAAGUACAGCCCAAUGUGAGAAAAUACAAUAAACACACAUCCACUGAAAAACCUUGUACAACAGGCUCGACGACGGGCACACGUAAGGACAAACCGGAAAAUUCGGACGUGCAGGACUAUGUACAGAUAGGCGGUGCCCCGGCUGGACCAGGAUAUCCGUACCCGUAUCCUUAUCCAUACCAGCCGGUCGGUCCGACUCCUGGAGGCGUGGUGUUGGUGCAGCCGGGUGGUAACCCGUACCGUGUGCAGUACCCCUACGAGGCCCAAUACCCCGUGGAUGGGACGCAGUACUACGGGUCGUACUAUCCUACGGUACCGUCGCCGCAGCCGCUGCCGCCUUACGCCCCGUACCAUUCAGCCGCGUAUCCGGCACCAAUGCAGCCACUACAGCAGUACGAACAGGCCAUCGUGGUGGACGCGUACCGCGGACCGCUAACGCCGUAUCCGCAGCCGAUCGCGGAACAAUUUUACAGGCAGCCAGCCGCCGCCCCCUUUGCAUCAUCGCCGUACCACUACGGGCCACAGCAACCGUCGCCGCCGCACUUCAGAGCUCACGCGUACGGUAGACCACCGAUGCCGCCGGCGUUUAUCCAGCAACGGGACGUAACCGGUGCCACAGCAAACGUAGCCGCCUCCGCCUCCUCACCAUCUGCUAACAGCGCAGCGAAUAACGCAGAAUCGCAGUACGAACAACAGCAGUCCGGACCGUUCGACGGCAACCAAUAUAAUUUCUAACAUCGCGGAUUUCAUCUAAAACAUUUACUAUUUCGACAAUACGAUACCUAACAGUAGAAUAUAUUUGAUCCUGUACACCAUCCGCAACGUAAUAAUUCAUUGAAUUUUUUAUUUCCGUGUCUCGUCCAUCAGUCCAUUAUAAUAUAUGGUUCGAAAUCACUUGGACGAUUAUAUUGUACGAUUAAGCAUAAUAUAGCAUUCAAUAAAUUUGUCGAAAAUAAAAUAUACCUACUUACAUAUUAAUUUGACAAUCAGCUCGCACCGUAAUAUAACAUUACACACGUACGUAAA